AUGGCAUCAAGUAUCAUUUUAUUUCCCCUGGUCGUCCUCCUGCUCGCUCUUGCGAUUACCUCCCCACUACAGCAAACAAGGUAUACCGGUCGAAAAGUCUUUGUUAUCGGCCUGUCAAGAACGGGAACUACAUCGCUUGGAGAUGCGCUCGCCAGCCUCUCACUUCGGCGCUCAGGGUGGAACGACAUACAUUCCAGGCACCUAUACCACAUGUUCGCCGCCAACCGAACGGCACCGCUCAUAUCCUAUGCAAGAAAAUACGAUGCUCUAGAAGACCUGCCUUGGGCGCUCGCAUACAAACAUCUCGCGACUGCGUUCCCAGAUGCGAGGUUCAUUCUGACUACAAGAAUGAACGAAACUAAUUGGCUACAAAGUAUGGAGAGACAUACUGAGCGGCGAGAGUGGAUAGGAAAUAAGAAAACGUUCGGGUGCAAGAAGGUUUGUGGAGAGAAAUGUAGGGAAACAUUCCUGGAAACUUAUCGGGAACAUAAUAAAGAGGUGCGAAAAUUUUUCGAGGAGGAAGGCCAAGGACGCCUACUGGAGAUUGUCAUUGAUGCGCCGACGGAGAGGAAAAGCAUCAAGACGGGCGACGCGAAUAUCACAGCGGUCGACGUUAAGUGGGUGUCGUUGAUUGAAUUCUUGGGGUUGGAGAAAGAGGUGGACAGAAAAGGGGGAUGGGGAAAGCUAGGUUCAUUUCCAAAAAGCAAUGCUGGAAACAGAGCCAGGAACUUUCAAAAUAGAAUCGAAAAUGCGUGGAGCAGGGCUAUGAAUGCAUUCGAAGAGGGGACAUUGAAGGGUGUCCAAUCGGCCGUGGCACUUGUGAAAGGUCUCAGUCAUCUCACUGCAAUAGGUUUAUGA